AUGGACCCCAAACACUCUCCUCCAUCAAUCAAUAAGAAUUCCACCAUUUUGAGAAUCUGUACCUCUCUAUUCUCCACCAUUUUCACUCUCUACAUUCUGAUUCUACUCUACUUCCCAGCUUUUUGUCAUGGACUUUUUUCCUUGCCAGUUCUAUUUUUUAUCUCAAUUAUCUUACUCUAUCUUCUCCGGCUCGGUGCAAGUCAAGAAGCCCAAAAGGAAGCGGGAUCCUAUUCGACGCGGAAAUUAUUGCCGCAGAAUGAAGAAUUUUCUGAUAAUGAUCUCUACCGGGUCUGGAAUGAAUCUGAAAGUACCCCGAGCCCGAAUUCGAAUCCUGGUCCCAAUUUUUUGGCUGAUUUUUUUGUGGAAUGGAACGUGAGGGCUCCGCUGGAGGUUAUACAUGAAUCCGUUCACUCGGCAUGCCUCCGUCCAACUGGACGGAGGCAUUUGUCCAUGCCUCCGUCCAAGUGGACGGAGGCAUGGACAAAUACCUCCGUGCACUCAUGCCUCCUCCUUGGACGGAGGCAUAGCAUUUCUCCAUGCCUCCGUCCAAGUGGAGGCAUGGAGAAAUGGCUCCGUAUACUAUUCAUUUUCGCCCUCCGUCUCGCACGAUUGGUGUCUCUGUAUUGGGGAAUCGAAGAAGGUGAUGAGGGGCUUCGUGACAGCUUUCUAAGGGAAGAAAUUAAAGAUUUACCUGGUGUUCAUGCGGGAUAG